GGCAAAGAUUUUACUGCCAGAGUGGAAGUGUUCUCAAACUGGACAGAGGAAACACGGAAAACUUUUCCAACUCCAGCUGCCACUCUCAACCCAACCCGCAACUGGAUAAAUGUCUUAGCUGGACGCGUCAUUGCGCGUGGGAAUGCGUUUCACCGUUAACCGUCCGAGCUUAGGAUAAAGUAUUCUCAUGUCUUUAUGCAGUGUUUAGGAGACAACUGUUUUGUGUGUGGAUUUCCAUCCCUCUAUACAAACAAAAAAGAAAGUAUGAUUAGUGCGGAUGUGUAAAAACAUCCACUAUUCUCUUUAGUUUCAAAGUAUCAGUGUUAGUGUCAGCCCCGCAUACUCCGUUUUUAAAAUGCUGAUCCUCGUGUAUACAGCUGUGUUCUUUUACCUCAAGCAGUCAGCCGGCGCCGAGCCGAAUGCAACAUGUCCAACCCGAUGCGAUGUGAAUACCUGUCCGGGCCCUAGCUGCCCCAACGGCUACGUGCUGGACCGCUGCAGCUGCUGCCUGGUGUGCGCUCUGGGGGAAGGAGAGCCGUGCGGCCGCCGGGACGAUCUGCCGUGUGGGGACGGACUGCAGUGUAAACACAAGGCGAGCAAGCGUUUCUCCCACGGAGUCUGUCAGUGCAAGUUGAGCCACGGAGUUUGCGGCAGCGACGGGAAGACCUAUGUUAAUGUUUGCCAUCUGAGGACGAGCAGCAGGAAGGCCGUGCAGCUGGGACUCUCCGGCAUCACCCAAGUCCUGCGUGGAGCGUGUGACGCCAGCAUAGAUCCUUCACAUGCCGCCAGUCCUCGUUACAAGUUCAACUUCAUAGCUGAUGUAGUGGAGAAAAUCGCUCCUGCUGUGGUCCACAUCGAGCUCUUUCUCAGGCAUCCUCUCUUUGGUCGCAACAUCCCUCUGUCUAGUGGAUCUGGAUUUGUGAUGGCAGACAAUGGACUUAUUGUGACUAAUGCCCAUGUAGUCUCCAGCACUACUCCAGUAUCCGGUCAACAACAUAUCAAGGUCCAGAUGCAUAAUGGUGACGUAUAUGAAGCCAGCAUCAAAGACAUGGACAAGAAAUCUGACAUUGCUACCAUCAAAAUCAACUCACAGACAAAGCUGCCUGUGUUGUUUCUGGGCCACAGUGCAGAUUUGAGGCCAGGAGAGUUUGUGGUUGCGAUUGGCAGCCCCUUUGCCCUCCAGAACACUGUCACCACUGGCAUCGUCAGCACUGCACAGAGAGAUGGCAAGGAGCUGGGCCUGCCGGACUCUGACAUGGACUACAUCCAGACAGAUGCUAUUAUCAAUUACGGGAAUUCCGGCGGACCUCUUGUCAAUUUGGAUGGGGAAGUGAUUGGCAUCAACACCCUGAAAGUUGCAGCCGGAAUCUCAUUUGCCAUUCCCUCUGACAGGAUCACUCGCUUUCUUAAUGAUUCCCUCGACAAGCAUAACAAGGAUGUAAGCGUAAAGAAGAAGCGUUUCAUUGGAAUCAGGAUGCUGACAAUCACACCAGCGUUAACUGAAGAGCUAAAACAGCAGAAACCAGAUUUCCCUGAUGUUACCAGUGGGAUUUAUGUCCAUGAGGUCGUUCCACACUCACCUGCACAGAAAGGUGGUAUCCGAGACGGUGACAUUAUUGUGAAACUAAAUGGCAGACCAAUGAUGACAACAGCUGACCUGCAGGGGGCGCUGCAUGAGGAGACAGCCUUGCUACUGGAAGUCAGGAGGGAUAAUGAUGACCUGCUCUUUAAUAUCGAACCUGACAUUAUUAUGCAGUAGACAUUGUCGACACAGCACUGCAGCACAGUUAGACCUACAGCGGAAAUGACAUGGUGGAUGGUACAACUUAACUGUAACAAAAUAAAAGGUGGAAAGUAUCAUUAAGGACAACAUGGUACAUGCCCACCCCCUCUAUCAGGUCAAUGCUGGAAUAGCCUGCAGUCAGCCACACCCAUUUAAUGAAUGUUAAAUAUGUGCUUCUUUUAAAAUGAUAGUUUCAGUCAGUAUAUAGAUUUAAAUGAAGCUCGAGAAUAACUAAACAACAACAGCUGAUGGGCAGCAUCUUAGGGUGUACAUGUGGGAAAUGACAAAUUAGCAGCAAAGUUGAAUCAUGUAAUGUGGAAUUGAUUAAUAAAAUCGAAUAAAAUUCUACUUAAAAAUGUGUUGAUAGUACACAGAUAAUCAAAUUAAUUAACUUUCUCAUAAGCAUUUUUCACACAAAGGUUAUUCUUCCAGAGAGGGUAUCAUGGUCAUAUGCAUUACAAAAUCCACAGCAUCCAAUGCUUUCACCAAUAUUUAUGCAUAGGUAUGGAACUAACCCCCGUACACUUUUCCAUGACCAGGCCAGAAUCCUUGUUGCUCCUCAGAACUGUAUAUUGUAUUGGGUGUCAGCACGCCAAGGUCUUAAUAACAUCAUUAAUUAUCUCUAUUAUUAUUUCCACUGUAACAACCAGUCAUAUGGAGCUUGACUGUUACACAACUGUUGCUGGUCUCCCCACCACCUCACUCUCUUCUCUCCCCUCUUUUCCACCCACCUCUCCUCUCUUUCCAUUUUUCUCUGCUCACCCUAACCAGUCGGGGCAGAUCGCCGUCCACACUGAGUCUGUUUCUGCCAGAGGUUUCUUCCCAUUAAACGGGAGUUUUCUUUCCUUCCACAGUUGGCAACCGUUUGCUAGUUGUGGGAACUGUUGUGUUUGCCUAUAAUAAUGUAUGGUCUGAUUCUGUGUUUCGAUUCUACGCUAUACAAAUAAAAUUUAAUUGAAACACUCAAACCUACUUAUGCAGGAUAUGUCGCCCCUAAGGGGCUGUGAGUAAAAGCAGUAGUGCAACAAAACAUCCCAGGUUGGUUGAUCUUGAUCGCGUCAUAGUAUGGGCCCUAGCUUUAUUUAUUUCCAAAAUAAUAGGGUUAAUAAUAAUAAAAUCCAGGGCUGUGUAUUUAAUCAUUUUUAUGAGCACAAACAAAAUAUAGAGCUAGUGGGCCAUGAGGAGAUAUUAGCCGAAUUUUACAACAAGUGUAUUAUAUUAUUAACCCUACCUUAAAAUUAUACAUAUGUACCUUACUGAUAAUUAUGAUCUAAUACAUUUUAAAAUAAUCCAAUUACUCUAACAAUGUAAUUUGGGGAUUUAAAGUACCGUUAGUAUGUCAUAAUUAUUUAUUAAAAUGUUGUAUUCUUUAUAUUAUGUUCACUGUAAAAGAUUUAGAGAAAAGUUGUCUUGUCUUUUUUAACUGUUUUUCUGAGAUAAAAAAAAACUGAUAGAAUGUGUAUUUUGUUUUAUUAUUUUCAAUUUGUAUACUUUUAUCAAGUAUAUUAUCCAGGUGAAAAAUAAACAUAAAAUGCUUUGUUUUUAAAUUGCUUUUGUUAUUUAAAAAUUAGCUUAGGGACUGUACAAAAAUAAUUUGUUUUGAUCGACUUGAUUUAUUAGUCAAAUUAAGAUUGUUGAAUAUUUUUUGAACCGAAUAGAAUAGACAACUUCUACUUGUUGUGAAGGUGCAGCUGCAUACAGAGGACACACAUUAAUAAGUUGAGAGCAGGACCUAAUUUUACUGAGUAAACAAAAAUAAAAAAUUGCUUAUCUCAGAAAAACAGCUAAUAUAGAGAGUAUGCUUAUCUAUGCAGUGGUUGAAGUAUUCACAAGCAAACGUCUUGAUUUCCAAGCCCUAUUACCAUUUUUCUAUGUAUUUAUUGUGUUAUGCAUAUUACAUUUUCAAGGAUGUCCAUCUAAAAAAUGUUGAUUAGCCAAUAAAUUCUACUAUAUGUAAUAGUGAGUGUUCAAUACUCAUGUCUGUCCCUAUACAGUAUAUACAUGAAGAAAAUA